GGAGGGCAGCUGAAGGUGGGAGGGGCUCCUUGCCCAAGGGCACUAUGGCUCCCACUGUGGCCGCUCAGCAGAAUGUGGCCUGCCUCAGGUCAGAGAACACGAAGCUGCGGUGUGACUUUGAUUUGCCUGCGUGAUGACGUCAUUGCUUCUCUCACCCUCAGUUUGCAUGGUUAACUGUAACCAUGAGUGGUUGGUCAUAGUGUGCUGCAUCUAACAGCUCUGAAGUCUUGGGUUUGUUGGUUUCCGUUUGACUUGUGUUGAGUUUUAGCCGCAGCACGUCCUCAUUUGCUCCUUCUGCAUUCUACCCGCUUGGAGGAGGGAUUUGAGUCGGCAACAUAUUUCCUCAAAUCAUUUUUUGGCUCCUGUACAGUUUGGUUUUUGAGCUUGCGUUGGUUUGCCAUUUCUUGCGUCAUCUCAUUUGAAGUGCUCGUGGAAUGUGCUCCUCUCUGCGUGACUUUUGGUGCAGUGAACACAAUUUUGACACGUGUCGGUUGGCCUUCUCCCUCGAGCAGCGGUGGCGGCAUCGACGGCGGGGAGCCGCGGCCGCCCCACCACAGCUCCGUGAGGGUGGACCACGGCCGAGCCGUUAGGACCGACAGCCUGUUCGGGGAAAUUUACGACGACUCGGAGGAUGAGGACGAUGAUGUGGGCUAUGCCGACCCCGUCCAAGAUGAUCUCUACAGCCGCAAGAUGGGGGUCAAACCGGAGCCUGUGGGUAACGUGUCUUAUGACAAGUUCUUACCCAAGUUCUGGACGCCUGAGGAAGACCUUCACUUACAGAAGAUCAAACUGGGCUCUCAGACGAGGCCCUGGUAUAAGAAGAUGCAAGGCUUCAGGUGUGUGAGGGCGUUGUAACACAGCUCACUGCACAUGCACACCUAGGCUUAUAACUUCAGAAAGAAUACAUUUUCUGCUUCUUGCAUUACCUUUUCCGACUUGACACACUUAAUCCUGCCAUCCUUACUUGCAUGCCAGUUUCACCUGUACACUGUCCGAUUGGAAAUGUGGUCUGCUCAAUCAAUUCUUGUUUUUCUUUCUCCUUCCCUGCUAUCGCCUCCUCUCUUUCCCUCUCUUCCUGCUGCCUUCCUCUGUCCCCUUCUCCUUUCGUCAACCCUGCUGUAGCCCUAAGAAGUCCAGUUCUUCGUCAGACGAUUCGGACUGUGACACCGGUCCUCGGCCCUCCUCCGCCCCCUCUCCCUGCGGCCCCUCUCCCUCUCACUCCCAAACACACAAGGCCUCGGCUCACACCGCCCUCGUUGUGGGGAAAAGGUCGAUACAGCUGCACGAUUGUGACAAUGAAGGAAUGUUUUAGAGCAUUCAGAUUUAAUUGGAGUAAUAUCAGCGGCUGCAUUUCUGAUGAGCUGCUUCCUAAUAUACUAAUCAUAUAAUACAAAGAAGAGCUACUGCAGUUUCCCUAACAUGCAUCAUUAAAUAGACGGCCUCUCCGCAGUAUCAUAUCUUAAUUACUGCCUAUUCUAGUGAAGAUUUAAAGCAAUUAUAUUCAGAUUCAGAUUUCAUAGCAGUGUGAUUGUAAAAUCCGGAUUUGGUCAAUAUCUUUUGAAUCAAAUACCACCACUUUUGCUGCUUAUUGUAUCUUUUCCUCCUUUUCUUGCUCUUUCAUCCAGUUCACAAGCAUGCACUCAUCACCUCUCUGUCCUUUCUCUCCUCCUGCCCGCCCUGCAGUCCUCACAUCCAACCACACACUCCCCCACAGCUCCCCGAGACACAGCCCCCUCUGUUACAGCCUCCCCCUCUGGUGUUCCCCCCAGUGGACCCCACCUCAGGUCCCAGGCUGGUCAAAUGCGAGAGGUGGCCUCUCCUGGGGCGCCAGGACCCCCGGGAGCCGCCAGACCCUUUUGAUUAUGAGGGCAUGUUCCCCGACCUGGAGAACGACGACAUGUUUGCCAGGCGGACCCUGGCCUUCCAGUCCAACACGGACCUGGCCAUGGUGAAGUCUCAGCUGCCCCACAAACGCCGCCUCUACACAUCUGAGCCGCAAAUCAAUAUCAUCACCCAGCAGCACGGCCGCGGCGGCACAGAGGAGAUCGACUUCCCUGACAUCGAGCAGGACGAUGUGGUGUAUCGUAAGGAGAAAACCCAGCAGACCCAGCGACCCCUCUCGGGAGCCCCUGAUAACUACGCCCCCAUGUCCAUCCCGGAGCCGUGGGCUCUGCCUCCUAACCUCAGAGCCAGACUCCUCUGCCCGCCGUGCCCUCUGACCCAGGAAGCGGCAACAAAUAAAGAGGAUCAGGUUGAGAUGGAGCCGCGUCCUAAAACGGAUGACAUGCUGAUUCGUAAACUCGGAGCCUGUUUUGAUCAGAGCCAAUCAGCCAAUCAGAUGACUCCCUCAGUGCCUUCUUCCUGUAGCGAAGGUGACCUGCAGAGGUGGCAGGCUAUCAGGGAAGCUAGCAGGCUGAGAUAUAAGAGGAGGCUCUUGUUGGAGAGACUAGCUGCUCUGAAGCUGUAGACACAUGUCGAUACAACUGUAGCUUCUCUUUACUUUGUAGGUCUUGUCUUCCAUUUUGUUUUCUUUUCAGUCUUUAGAUAUCCUGUCUGAUGCUGAGUUGGUGUGGACAGCAUGUUUUUAAAGCCAUUGCUGUUAGAGAUGAGAGUUGUACCAGAUUAAACUCUCGUAUCUGAAAACCACUAUCAAAUGUUUGCAUUCACUGGAUCAGUUUUGUGUGUUUCAACAGAAAAUGCAGCAAAGGACAUGUGGUGAAAAUUCACUACAGUAGUAACCCUGAAAUACUACAUGGUUUUUCUGCACAGUGAAUAUAUGGUAUAUUGUAAGUGCAAGUUUUGGAUGUCCAGGUUUCACUUUAACCCCACAACUCAUGUGUAUUUUGAAAUGUGAUUUAUGAGCAAAACAGCAUAAACUCAUUCAAGUUGUUUGAUUCAUGAUGAGUUUUUGUAAAGAGACAAAAUUCUACGUUUUAUUUUUUGGUUUACUUUUUCCCAUCGGACCGAGUUUGCCUUUGAUUGAAAACAAUAAAGAAGAGAAGAGAAUUGAUGAAGUUGUGAUACGUUGCAUUGAACUGGCCGUUCGUUGAACUCUCAUAACUUCCACAGGAACGUGGCUCUGAGUUGUUUUUCCUCCACACAGGGAACUUCACACUGACAUGUAAGGCUGAAAGUGCAGUAGCACGAGCGUGUGGAGGAGCCUCGAGUAAUAUCCAGACAUAACCUCCCGAGGACUCUGACUUUAAGCGGCGCAGUUAAACGUAGCCUUGUCCUUGGACUCGACACAAAAAAACCUGUAGAAAUUCCACACGGCUUUGAACGAAGGUGCAACUUGCGGACUCCAUAGUAACCCGGACACAAAUCUGCGCCACAGUGUUUGCACACGCACAGACACACAAAAGCAUUCACAAAGCAACCAUUUAACCCCAGUCCAGCCCAUCUGGAUUUACUUCACAUCCAUGUGUAAGAAACCACAUUUCCAGUGACAUCAUGUUGGAGUCUCCAGAAAGGAAGCAUUGUUUCUGGGGUAGAAAGAUACGUGUCAACGCAGCUCUCCAGUCAAAUGUCAGGGAACGGAAAAAUGAUCCUGCACAGUAAGGAUACUACUGUUAUAAACAGCGGUGGGGAGAGUACAAUAAACAAACAAAAACGUACUCAAGUAAAAAGUAUCACAUUAACUUUUCUUAAGUAAAAGUAAGUAUCUGCUUUUAAAUGUGCUUAAAGUAUUAAAGGCAAAAGUACUUGCCGUAUGUAGCCUAUUCUCAAAUCCAACAAUAAACAACAUCAUUACUGCUGAGUCACGGCAGUGGACUUUCUGUAUACAUGUUAUUUCUUUGAAAUAUAUAAAUAUCACGGAAAAUGUACUUGAGUAGAAUGUACAGAUAUUUUCUAUCUAUCUAGAAGAACAGAAGUGGAAAGUAAUGCAAAUCAAUCUAUAAAGCAAAGGAGAACCAUGAAUAAUAUAUAAAAAUAUAUUUAAACACUUAAGUUCUGUAAUGAAGUAGAUACACGUAGUUACAUUCCACCACUGGUUAUACACACAUUUAAAUUUAUAUAUAUUCUUCUACUCAAGGCAUUUUACAGAGUUAGGUUAUGACACUAGCUCCCAGUGAUAGCAAGCACCUGCUGACAGUGGGUGAGGAAAAAAUUCCUAUUAACACACAGAGCUGGACUCAUGGUAGACGGCUGAGCUGUGUCGACUGGACGUGUUGACAGGAGAGAAAUGAGGGCGAGAGAGAACAGGAAUAGAUGUUUAUCAUACAAUGAUAUUCAAUCACUAUCAGACUGGAGGAUGAGCUAUUUUAAGAGUCACACUGGCCCUCUGCUCUCAACCAGUCCUUUCUCCAUCCUCUGAGUCCAAGGCCACUCUGCAGCAAAGUGACUCUGUUUGUCUGUGGUUCUGUCUGGU